AUGAGUCUUUCGAGAGUUAUAGUGAACUCGCUUUUAAUUAAUGGUGGGAUCAUUAGACCCAUAGCAUCUAGACUGCCGCUCCUUGCAGCGUGCGGGAUGAGAAGGACCCUUCUGAUGAGGAGAGGCUUUGUACAGCGUCACCGGUACUCUACCGUAGGAAGCGGGCCGGACAACAACCCCAGCACGCAAAAAGGAUCUCAAGCCGGCCCCGGAAGCUUGGGGGGAGCGGCAGCAUCUAAUACCUCAGGCACCCCACAAGGCGGCGAGGCUUCAGAUUCGAGCCCAGUCUCGCACGCAAUUCUAGCACAAAAUGAGCAGCUAGCCAAUAAAGACCUUAACAACCCUACAGCACAAGCGGAGUUUUAUAGGCUUUUGUUGAGAUCAGACUACCCGCAGUAUGUUGUUUCGAGAUUCGAGACACCCGGAAUCGCCUCUUCGCCAGAAUGUAUGAAAUUUUACAUGGAGGCGUUGCAAAAAAUUGGAAGACAUGCAGAUGCCGAGGUAGUUAAGCAAUCCCUGUUGAACGGCACUACUUCCCGGCUGGGGAGUGCGUCAGGUGGAGCCGAGUUCCAAAAGCAAACGGCAUCGGCCUCCACCGGUGGUGCCACUGGCUACAACCCAUACUUCGGGUCGCGUAAAGAGCCCAUUCAUGUCGUUGUCACAGAAUCGACAUUCACAAUAGUGUCGAGAUGGGUAAAGUGGCUAGUAGUAUUUGGCCUGGUCACUUAUGGAGUCACAGAAGGCUUCAAAUACAUUACUGAAAAUACGACACUUUUGAAAUCUUCCGAGGUUGCAGACAAAUCCGUUGAUGUUGCCAAGACUAAUGUCAAAUUCGAUGAUGUUCGUGGGUGUGAUGAAGCUCGCGCAGAAUUAGAAGAGAUCGUUGACUUCCUUAAAGAUCCUACCAAGUACGAGUCUCUCGGUGGCAAACUACCAAAAGGUGUGCUUCUAACAGGACCCCCAGGAACGGGUAAGACUUUGUUGGCAAGAGCUACUGCAGGCGAAGCAGGCGUUGACUUCUUUUUCAUGUCAGGAUCUGAAUUCGACGAGGUGUACGUGGGAGUGGGCGCAAAGCGCAUUCGUGAACUAUUUUCCCAAGCAAGGGCAAGAGCCCCUGCAAUUGUAUUCAUUGACGAACUCGACGCAAUUGGUGGCAAGAGGAACCCAAAAGAUCAAGCAUACGCAAAACAAACACUUAAUCAGCUGCUUGUUGAGCUCGACGGUUUCUCCCAGAGCUCGGGUAUUAUUAUCAUUGGAGCCACUAAUUUCCCUGAAUCAUUGGAUAAAGCUUUGACUAGACCAGGGAGAUUUGAUAAAGUUGUGAACGUGGACUUGCCUGACGUGCGUGGACGUACUGACAUUUUGAAGCAUCACAUGAAGAAAGUCACUCUAGCGUCAGAUGUGGAUCCCACUAUCAUUGCGAGAGGCACACCAGGUCUUUCUGGUGCAGAACUGAUGAAUUUGGUCAACCAGGCCGCAGUGUAUGCUUGCCAACAGAAUGCUAUUGCAGUUGAUAUGAACCACUUUGAAUGGGCAAAAGACAAGAUUUUGAUGGGUGCAGAGAGAAAAACUAUGGUGCUAACAGAGGCCACCAGAAAGGCGACUGCAUUUCAUGAAGCGGGCCAUGCCAUUAUGGCCAUGUACACCCCUGGUGCAACGCCGUUGUACAAAGCCACGAUUUUGCCCAGAGGCAGAGCCUUGGGUAUCACGUUUCAAUUGCCUGAGAUGGACAAAGUCGACAUCACCAAGAAAGAAUGUUUGGCUCGUCUUGAUGUCUGCAUGGGUGGCAAAAUUGCGGAAGAAAUUAUCUACGGGAAAGAGAAUACUACAAGCGGCUGCGGGUCUGACCUGCAAGGCGCCACUAACACAGCUAGAGCUAUGAUCACACAAUAUGGUAUGAGCGAGCAAGUUGGCCCUGUGAAUCUAGCAGACAAAUGGGAGAGCUGGUCAGGGAAGAUCAGGGAUAUCGCGGAUAACGAGGUCAUCGAAGUUUUGAAAGCGUCGGAAGAGAGAACUCGGAAACUUUUGAAUGAAAGGAGUAAGGAACUACAUAGGUUGGCGCAAGGCCUUGUGGAGUACGAGACGCUUGACUCCAAGGAAAUGGACCUAGUUUGUAAAGGAGAGCCUCUCUCUAAAGCCAAGAUGAUGACAAACAAAGUUAUAGAAGGACCGGACAGUGAUGAAAGAAAGGAGCUCGGAGACAAAUCUAAGGUUCCCGUUUUGAUAAAGGCGUGA